AAGAUAUCACUGGGUACGAAUAGCAAAAGUUUGUUGUUGUUUGCAUUUGGUGCAAUAAAGACGUGCAACAAGUGAAAUAUUUUUUCUCUACCGUGCGAUUAAAAUUUUUUAUUGUUGAUCAAACUGUAGACUGAACUGGAAGAAGUGAAAAAUAUUGUGAAAGAAAAUAAAAUCCCGAUUGCCUGGGAAAAUUCAUUCAGUUCAGAUGUUAUUAAAUUAGUGUCGAUUAAUCAGUAAAACAUCAAGUUUAUCCGUGGUCUCUUAGUGCGAAACCGAGUGUGAGUGCUGGUGUUUGAAUAUGCAACAGUGAUAAACCGCACAACUUGAAUGAUAAAAGGAAAUGCUUAAUUAAUUUAUGAAACUUAACAGAGAUAAAGAACAACAGGAAAUUUAAUAAGAAUCCAGCAAGAAGAAAUUCAAUUGUAUGGAAUGUGCAUGUUGUUAAAAGGCCAAUUAAUGGUAAAGAAAAUAAAAUGAAUUAAACACUGAAGUUUAAAGUUUUCAAAUUUUCAAAAUAAACAAAUUUUUGCAUUCAAAAUUAACCACUGAGAAUCGAUACGAAAAAAUUUGUUAAACAAGCAGCAAAAAGUAAACAACCUCAUAAAACGGAAUACGAGUACGGCUGCAGCUUAAAAUAUUAAAAAAACCUAAUUGAAGCUGAGCAGUUGAGCAGUUGAGAGCAGCGGCAAAAAAGUUCCACUUCAAACGUACAGCGACCCCUAAAUGGUGUUAUCAGAGACGUGAGCGGUGACAGUGGGUCAGAGAGUGUGGAAUAAGAAAGACAUGAAAUCACUGUAUUCCGAGGCAAAACAACAUUUAAGCAAUUGUAUGCCAGCAUCGUCCGCUGCUAAUGCGAGUACAAAUGAUAAACAUGAACUUGGACAUGAACAUGAAUACAAUUAUGACAGCGCAAAUGGGGAUGCGCUUAACCGUAAUGAUGAUGAUCAUGGAGAUGGUUGUGGUGGCUGCGGGGAUCAUGAUGAUGAAGCGAUGACACGCAGAGGCACUACAUUAAAUUGCCAUCGCAGACAUUCACAGACAACGCCCCCAACAAUAGGGCUUAACAAUAAUUUCAUUACGAAUGCCACAACAUAUGACACGCUGCAGAAACCAUUCAAAUACGAUAAAUUACGAGGUCGCUGGUCAACGGCCGCUGACUUUUAUUUUGCCUGUACUAGUCAUGCAUUUGGAACAAUUGUGUUUUCCGAAUUAACACUAUUCGUAUCGUCGUUUUUGGGAGGAUACGGCUUAAUACCCUAUUUACUUGGCAUCCUUUUAUAUGCCAUACCAAUAUUUGGUAUACAAACAUUUCUGGGACAAUUCUCGUCGUCGGGUACCAUAACGGUAUUUCGAGUAGCACCUAUUUUUAAAGGGAUUGGCUAUUCCAUUUUACUACAUAAUUUAGCAUCAUUGUCUUACUAUGCCAUCAUUGCUGCAGUUCCUUUAGUCUAUGCUGCCAAUUCGUUACAUUCUGUGAUACCAUGGAUGAGUUGCAAUAACACAUGGAACACUGUCAAUUGUUCAACUCACGACUUUUAUGAUGAAGAUGAAGAAGAGUUAUUUCCUCAUGCAACAGUGGAGUUUUUUCGCACCAUUAUACGUUCGGAUGAUAACUCACCAAAUCCUCUAUCGAUCUCUUGGCCAAUUUUAUGUGCAGUUAUGGGUAUUUGGUUACUUACCAUGCUGAUACUUUUAAAAAGAGUUACUUUCAUAGGAAAAUUCCUUCGUUGUUUAUGUAUUCUUAUGAUGACAUUCUUCUUUGCCAUCUUUACACAUUUACUCAUGCAUGUGGGUUUUACAUGGGAAUCCUUCAUGGAUUAUUUAAAACCCUAUGUCUACACUGACAAUCACUCAGCCAUAUGGGCUGGUAUGAGAGCAGCUAUUAUAAUGCCCAUGUGGCUAUUGGGUCCUGGCUGUGGCAGUGUUUUACAGCUGGCCAGUCAUAAUCGCUUCCGUCAUGAUAGCGAAAAGACAACAUACUGGAUUGCAUUCACGUUCCUGAUUAUGACUCAAAUGGCAGCGCUAUGUUCUCACAUAGCUUUCGAUCAUUUUGAGGAUCAUGUCGCAAUAUUACACGAUCAAAUUGAAGAGCAACACAACAUGCGCUUCAUUUACAUCUGCUAUGCCUAUUUAUUCGGUAGCUUUACCAGUUUACCGAAUCUGUGGAGUUUUCUCUUCUUUGCCAUGCUAUUUUUUGCAGAACUUUCGGCUGUGAUAAUCCAAAUGAUGACCGUUUUAACGGCCAUAUUUGAUGAAUUUGAAAAACUACGUAUGAAGAAGACAAGUGUUACCAUUGGAUUAGUACUUGUAAUGCUUUUAGUUUCUGUGUACUUUUGUACCAAGCAAGGUUUUGAACAACUACAUCUACUGCCAGAUAUUGUAGCUGUCACACACUUAACCAUUUCCAUACUUCUAAUUGUAAUUACGACUUGGAUAUAUGGCCGUGAACGUUUCCAAUGCGAUUUGCAGUUCAUGUUGGGCAAAACGAUAUCAAAUUUUAAAAUAAACAUACUGCUGCGUUUUGUAACACCCUUCUUUAUAGGCUGUGGCAUUGCACAAAUUAUCUUCUUUACCAGCGAUCCGCCCUCUGUCCUCAUUUUGCUGACACAAAGUUUUAUUUACAUUGUGGUGCCCCUGUACAUGGUGUAUAAAAUCAGCCAGACGACCGGCUCGUUCAAGCAGCGCAUUCGUCAGUGUUUUGCGCCGCACGACUGGCAUCCCGUCGAUGCUGACAAUCGUCGCUUUUACGAGGAGAUAAUGGGAACAUCUGAAAUGCUCGUCAUAUUGAAUAAUGAGCAUCAAAUUUGUUGAUUAUUUCAAAUCAUGGAUGAGAUACGAAAUUGUGUAUAAUAAAAACAAAAUAUACUUUUUUUUAGUGAUAAGUUUCCAAAAAAAAGAAAACAAAGAUCAAAAAUGAAAUUAUAAUAGAAAUUAUUUAUUUCGGCCAAGUCGAACUUGUUAAACACUCUAUAAAGCAGUUUUUACUCAUUAAUCUUAGUAGGGAUGAUUCAGCUAAUAUUUUUUGUAAAAACUCUAUUUUAUUAAAUCAGUUCCAAAAAAUGUAUUAUGCAUUUAUUCAAGUCCUAAGAUCACAAAAAGUUAGUUAAUAAAUUUGUUAAAUUUUUAGAAUUUGCAGCUGUAAAAAAAUUAUAUUUAAUACCGAAUUGUGGGAAACGCUAAUUAAAGAUUAAUUAAGAUAACUUUGUACCAAAAAUCUGUUUAAUUUAUACUAAUUCCAUUUUGUUUUACUUUCUGAGUGAAAAACAGCUUUAAUCAAUUCAAUUAAAAUUUAAUUAAUACAAAAUCAUUUUUCUUAUAUUUAGCAUCAAAUUAUUUUAUUUAUUGUUUAAAGAUUAUUAGUUGGAUUUUUUUUAUAAAUAUUUAUUAAAUUCAUAUCUAGUUAUUGUUACUUAUAGAAUAAUAAUUUUAAACAACUCCCCCUACUAUGAUGAAGAGUACUCAAUGAAAUUAUUAUAAAUUAAAUAAUUAUUUAAUACUCAACUAUAAAAAAAAUGCUUGUAUUGUAUUUUGUAAAAUAAAGCUGUUAAAUAUCGCAAUUAUGGAAUAAUUUUUAUACUCUGUUAGUCAGAUAAAUUAUUUUGUUAUAAAAAAUUUAAUGUUUAUAUAAAUUAAUCUAAUAAAAAAACGAAUUAAAUACCAA